AUGGCCAACUCUAUGAACUUCAGCCUCGACUAUGAUCGUGAUGAUUCCGGGGACUCUGGGGGCUCAGCGCCCCUGCACGAUCCUUCCUACUUGACUUAUCCCCAGGUCGGCAAUUAUGCCUUUAGCGCCAUGCUACCCCAGGACGCCAAUAUACCCAUGCAGAGCUUUGAACGCCCACCCGAGGACCUGGAAGGACGCAUGUCUAAUGUAAUGCUCGCCUACGACUCGAUGCCAAACCCUGUCUCAAUGCCCUCAAACAUGGAUCCCAGCAAUGCCUAUGCCUAUAGUAUUCCAUCAACAUACCCAGCAACCACCAUGGGCCUCACGCAGAUGGAACAGCCCCAGUUCCAGUCCGCCUACCAGUCCUUCCCACAACCAAUGCCGGUCAACUACUACCCCCAUGCCCAUUCUCAGGUUCCACAACCGCAGCCACAGUCACAGUCGGCCCCGCUAGCGCGCAAGGAACCCUACGACACAAGCACCGAUUCCACAGCAAACUUCGAGGACUCGGAUUUCUCAGGGCAGACGAGUGACCGGCCGCAAGUGCAGAUGCAGCAGCAGCCGCGCCCUCAAAGGCCACCCCAGGAACGUCGGCUGCAGCCUACAGGCCCGUACCGCACCUCGCAACCGGUCGCGAUCCAGCCCAAGAAACCUGUACCCGCCAAAGGGGAUAUCUCGCCGGGGCUGGAAAAGCCCGAGAUUGGCAAGACCGAGCAUACCGGUAUCUACUCGAGUAGUGGAUUUGAUGUAUUGGGUGCUUUGGGUCGCGUGGCUAUGCGCCCGAAUCCCAGAAUCAACAUUGGCGCAGUCGAUCUAUCUUGUGCCUUUGUGAUGUGUGAUAUCUUGCGUGAAGAUCAGCCUAUUAUCUAUGUCUCAGAGGCCUUUGAACGAUUGACAGGCUAUAACAAGGACGAGAUUGUUGGUCGGAACUGUCGAUUCCUUCAAGGGCCUGAUGGCAAGAUCGCCGCUGGUGCGAAGCGGACCUUUGUCGAUGGACAGACAGUACACCGGUUGCGUUCUACCAUUGAUGAUCGCAGUGAGAUCCAAGCUAGUAUUAUUAACUAUCGCAAGGGUGGACAGCCUUUUAUGAACCUCAUUACGAUGAUCCCUAUCCAAUGGGACUCGGAGGAGUAUCGGUUUUAUGUUGGGUUCCAGGUCGAUCUGGUUGAAAAGCCUGAUGCCGUUACCAGGAGAAACCCUGAUGGCACUUAUAGCAUUAAUUAUCAACGGGACCAACUGCCUCAGUAUGUGGUCCCGCCACCAGAUGCGUACACGACUCGGCCAGACCUGGUGGCACAAUUUGGUCAUGAUGAAGUGACUGCCAUCCUCAAUGCAGUCAGUUCAUCUGGCAAUGAAGUCAGUCGUCACUACUUGGAUCGCAUUUUGGUUGAGAACACCGAUGAUGUGAUCCACGUAGUUUCAUUUAACGGUGAAUUCCUUUAUCUAUCGCCUUCUUGCCAGAAGAUUCUCGAGUAUGACCCAGUCGAGCUGGUUGGCAAGACGUUGUCUACUAUCUGCCAUCCCAGUGAUAUUGGUCCUGUGAUGCGUGACUUGAGAGCGAGCACAACACCCGCUCCAGUGAGUGUGGUAUACCGUAUCAGACAAAAAUACCGGGGAUAUAUGUGGUUCGAGAGUCAUGGUGCAUGGCACAUUGACCGGAGCCAUGGCCGGAGACAUCUCGUCAUGACCGGCCGUCCCCGACCAGUCUAUGCACUAGAUCAGAUUGCCCGACUUGGCUCGUCCGCCGCGCUGGCUGAAAACGAUGUCUGGGCUAAGAUCUCUUUGUCCGGAGUCAUUCUGUUCAUCACUACCAAGGUGAAGCCGGUCCUCGGCCGCUCGCCUGAUGAACUUAUCGGCAAGGGCUUGCAGGAAAUCAUGGAGCCCGAGUCUGGUGGUCCUGCCACAAUCAUACAAGCUUUGGAUGCGGCGGCUCGUGGCCAGGGGGCGGGCAUGACCACCAUCGCGGGUAGUAACAAGGAUAUCGAGGAACUUCCGUCUUUCAGACACCAGAUGCGACACAAGAAAGGACAUGUCAUUUCUGCGCAUACAACCAUCUAUACUGGUGAUGCUAGGAAAGGAGUCAAGCCAUCCUUCCUCGUCGCCCAGAUUCGAUUUGCUCGAUCUUUCCCUCCAACCGCAACCGCUAUCUCAGCUGCUGGAAACGAAACCCUUGCUACAGUCCCAGGCACUACGCGAAGCACAACCCUCACCGUUGAUGACCCCCAACCACCCCGCCAAUACGGAACCCUGGGUCAACGAAUGCCCGAUCUCUCAACCCUCAUCGGACUUAACGGUCUGCCAACCGGGAAUCGCGACAUCUCACCCACUGCUGACCCAGCAACCUUUUUCACAGAACUCAACCCCACCCGCGGAUCAAGCUGGCAAAUUGAGCUGCGUGAACUGGAGAAGCAGAACCGCACCCUAGCAGAUGAACUGCAACGCCUGUUGGCUCGACGCAAGAAGCGCAAGCGCAAGCAGAGCGCCAUCUCCGUUGAAAAGGCAUGCGCCAUGUGCAGAACUAAAAAUACCCCAGAGUGGCGCCGCGGUCCCAGUGGAAAUCGUGACCUUUGCAACAGCUGUGGUCUGCGAUGGGCAAAGCAAGUCCGUGGUCAGGCGCAGGCGCAGGCUGGGGCUGCUGUGUCGGCAGUUGCGGGUGCUUGA